AAGGGACUGAUCACCAGAGGUGCAACAACAACCAUGAAGGAGUCUAAGUGGAAUGCACCACAGAUUUUACCUUUAACAGAUGAUGUCAAAUGCUUGGAUCGCCAUAUGGAGACUGUUAAAAGCAGUGCUGAAAGAAUGCUGAGGUUGACUCCAACUCCAUACAGCUAUGCAAUGCUUGCCAAAGUGACACUUGCUCAAGUGAUCAUUUUUAACAGAAGAAGAGAAGGAGAGGUAUCAAGAAUGGAGGUGUCCACCUUUAAAGACAGAAAAAAGUCAGAAAUCAAUAUGGACAUGGCUGCUUGUCUGACCUCACUUGAGAAAAAAAUGUGUGAUUUCUUCACCAGAGUAGAAAUCCGUGGAAAACGAGGGAGAGGAGUUCCUAUUCUCCUGAAACCAUCAAUGGUCUCUGCAAUGGAGCUCCUUGUGGAAACUCGUGAAUCUUGUGGCGUCCCCAAAGAGAACAUUUACAUGUUUGCUAGACCAGGAGCUUUAUCUGCCUAUCGAGGAAGAGACUGUAUCCAAAUGUUUGCAAAGGAGAGUGGAGCAAAACACCCUGAAAUCUUAACAUCAACAAGGCUCCGAAAACAUAUAGCAACAAUGUCUCAGGUGCUUAAUCUUCAAGAAAAUGAAGCAGAUCAACUAGCAGACUUUCUGGGUCAUGACAUACGUGUGCACAGGCAGUAUUACCGUUUGCCUCAGGGAACACUUCAGCUUGCUAAGAUGAGCAAAUUGCUUUUGGCACUGGAGAAUGGAACUGUUUCACAUUAUAAAGGCCAAACACUUGAUGAUAUUGAAAUUUACCCUGAAGAAAAAGUUGAUCUGGGAAAUUCAGAUGGCUCAAGCGAUGAGAGUGAGCCUCUUCAAUCAGCUCUGGAGGCAAUAAAAACACCAGAGAAUGAGACAACGGAUCAGGGUGGAGACAGAGGGCCAUGGACUUCUUCAUCUCCAGGGACGUCUUCAUCUCCAAGGACUUCUUUCAGUCCUCCUUUGAAAAAGGGCAACCGAGUUAACGCCAAAUGUAAGUGGGAAGCUCAUGAGGUACGUGCAGUUGAAAGACACAUGAUGCGUUUCAUCAACACAUGCAAGGUGCCUCAGAAGCUGGACUGCAUUCAAUGCAUCAAUGCAGAACCCUAUGCACUGAAAGACAGAAACUGGACUGGAGUGAAAAAUUAUGUUAGAAAUCGCAUUACUGCCUUAAAAAGAAAAGCUUGUGCAAAGGACUGAGGGCUGUCUGUUUGUGAUUUCAGUGAGUUAAAAUUUCCUGUUUCUCUGGUAAAAUGGUUCUGAAGAUGUUUUGAAGACGUUGCACUCCAAAAAUUUCAGGUUCAGUAAUUUUGUUACCUAAGACCUUUUCUCAUUCUGAGAGGAAAAAAACAAAUCUUUUCAAGUUGACAUUUUGUUCUUAACAUGGUUUUCAUUGUGUCCACUUCACACUGUACGAAAUGUAUUUGGAAUCAAAGUUUUUUACAUUUGCGGUUAGAAGCACUUAAUGAAUUGUGCAGAUAUUUUGCUGUUUCUUUGUUGCUGCAAGUUCCUGUGUAUACAUGAAGUGCAUGUAAAUUGCUAAAAACAACACGGUAGGAAUAAAAGAAGCAGAAUAUUUAAA